UCACUUCUGGUUAGCGGCAUUUCCGCGUCCUGCUGGGCCGGCCGUCGCCGCUGAUCCCGGAGCGCUCCGGGAGCGGCUCGGGCCCCCCGGAACCGCCCCGCGACCGCUCCGGAGCCACUCCGGAUUCCUCCGGAACAGCCGCGGCUCCACCUCCGGACUCUCCUGCGGCUCGGCCCGGCCCGGCCCGGGCCGCUCCCUCCCCGCCCCGGGUCCGGUGCGGGACCGGCCGGGGAUGCCGCGGCGCGGCCCGCGCCAUGUGGUACAUCAUGCAGAGCAUUCAGAGCAAGUACUCGCUGUCCGAACGCCUUAUCCGCACCAUCGCCGCCAUCCGCUCCUUCCCUCGGGACAACGUGGAGGAUCUCAUCGGCCGGGGAUGGAAAGGGGGGAGUUCCUGACCGGGGGGGGUUCCUGUGCUCCCCAGGGCGCCGAUGUGAACUGCCUGCACGGCACCCUCAAACCCCUGCACUGUGCCUGCAUGGUGGCUGAUGCUGACUGCGUGGAGCUGCUGCUGCAAAAAGGAGCUGAGGUGAACGCCCUGGACGGCUACAACCGGACAGCCCUUCACUACGCAGCAGAAAAAGAUGAAACCUGCGUGGAGAUUUUAUUGGAGUACGGAGCCAACCCCAACGCCCUGGACGGCAACAAGGACACACCGCUGCACUGGGCGGCCUUCAAGAACAACGCCGAGUGCGUGCGGGCCCUGCUGGCCAACGGCGCCCUGGUCAACGCCUUGGACUACAACAACGACACCCCCCUGAGCUGGGCGGCCAUGAAGGGCAACCUGGAGAGCGUCAGCGUCCUGCUGGACUUCGGCGCCGAGGUGCGCGUGGUCAACCUGAAGGGCCAGAGCCCCAUCUCGCGCCUGGUGGCGCUGCUGGUGCGGGGCCUGGGCACGGAGCGGGAGGAUUCCUGCCUGGAUCUGCUGCACAGAGCCACGGGACACUUUGAGCUGCGCAAGAACGGGAGCCUGCCCUGGGAGGUGGCCCGGGACCCGCAGCUGUGCCAGCGGCUGACGCUGCUGUGCUCGGCGCCGGGCACGCUGCAGGCGCUGUCGCGCUACGCCGUGCGCCGCUCGCUCGGCCUGCGCUUCCUGCCCCAGGCCGUGCAGCAGCUGCCGCUGCCUGCCUGCCUCAAGGACUACCUGCUGCUGCUCACCUGAGGGAGGGACACCUGCCCUUCCCCUGCAUCGCCCCCCCUGCCCCGGGGAGAGGCUCCCCGCUUGCUUUGUGACUUCACAGGUUCCUCUCCGUGGUUUUUGUUCCCCUCGGCCACCCCGGACCCUGCUGGCCGCUCACGCUGCCUCCCUUUUGUCCCCUUGUCCCUUCCAUUUUGUCCCCUCUGUUUCUCCCCGUCCUCUCACACUCCCUCCAUUUCCUCCUCUCUGUUCCCUCUGCUUCUCUCCCUGUCCCCCCCCUUUCACUCUCCUGCGAUGAACAAUAUCCCUCUGAUGGCAAAUUAUAUCCCAGCUGUUGGAUUAA